ACUCUAGUUACAGAAUCAUCCCUACCACUCUGAUCUCGUGCUUAACAGCAGUUAAUCCUUGAUAUCUUCAUUUUCAACCUUUUGCGUCGUUCACAGGCUUGUGGCCGCGUCGCUUUCCUCGGGUAUACGUGAGCUUGAACUUCGAUAAUUUCAGGUCUGAGGCGAUACAAGGGACUUCAUGAGCGUCGAGGCUGUGCUCAUGCACUCUAGUGUGAAUACCUUGAUGAAGAAUGUUUUAUACGAUCCUAGAGUUCAAUUCAAACUUUUUGAUACAACCUGGAAGUUCAUCUUCAAUCGUAGGUUGGUCAAAUAUGAAAUGGUGAGCUUGGUUUGUAUGGCUAAAAGAUUGAAUUCGAUCAAUUUUAUCAUAGGAUAAAGUAGAGAAAAGUUUAGCUUAACAGAGCUCUGGAGAUGAAUUUGUUAAGCAAACAGAAAAACUGACCUAGGGGUCUCCAGAAUUUUGGUCCACAUCCUCCCCAUAAAUAUAACUGAAACAUAUUCCUGAAAUGUUGACCGGUUUUGGGGGGGCAUUCAGCAUACAUGUGAGCUCAACUCCGUCUAGAAAAUCGAUGUUUCGACUCCAACCAGGUAUAUAUCUCUGCGUUAAUAUCAAGGCUGAGCUCUUUGAAAAUGCGAUAAGAAAAAUGUACCAUAUCUGAUUAGCAAAAUAUCAAGAUCGCCCGACGAAAUCUGGACGAAAAACUUAAUACGUCUUGGAUCUGUUUCAUUUGUCAAAAGUUUC